CUUUGACUCUCACAAGGAAAGAUGGCAAAAUCGAAGAACCACACCAACCACAACCAAUCCCGCAAGAAUCACCGCAAUGGGAUUAGUCGCCCGUUGCCGCUAUACCUGAACAACUCCAAGCGGGGCGGAUGGCUGCCCUCGCUCAUCAACGCCCGCCGCGUGCGCAAGAAUAACCAAAAAGAGGCUAUUAAACGACGCCGUGAGCGGAUUGCGAACUUCCAGGCCAAGCAGAACUAAGCAAUCGGCACCUUUUCCUUUGGUUUAGGAGGGUCUAUUGUGUUUAGUUUAAAAUGAUGGAAUAAAAUGGAAGUGGGCUCCUAGAGAAAUGAUGACAAAGCAACCCUUCUUUUUAUUAUUUACAAAGCUUUCGAAGAGUCACACCCAGCGACUCGUAGAAUAACUCUUUA